AUGCGAGCUGAUGGGAUAUUGCAUCCUGGCGAUGUAAUUAUUUCUAUAAAUGAUGUUGUUGUUGAAGAUCAGGUUCAAUUUUAUGAUUUGAUAAAGCGUUUAUUUCCAAUGGUAAAAAUAGAAGUGGAGCGGAAACUAUGGAAGUCACCGUUAACCGAUUUAAGAGCUCGACAAAUUGGACUUGUUGCAAAAAGACAUCAUCAAUAUUUUAUUGCUUAUUUGCAUCGUAUUGAUGGAAUGAAACUUGGUUUAUCUGUUAGGCAAAUACAUAAUCAGGUUGUGGUGACGAAAUGUAAAGAUGGUAGCAUUGUGAGUAAAUGUUAUCAGGAAGGUGAUCAUAUUCUCGACGUUGAUGGUGUCCGGGUAUAUUCGAAGGCAGAUGCAAAAGAACGAAUAAUCGCCGGUUUAAGAAGCGCAUCAUGUGUUUCCACUGUUGUUGAAAGGAAAGAAUCAGAUGAUUCAACUUCCAUGAGUAAUAAAGUGUUGCUAUUGGUUGGUGAUCGAAAUCCAAAAAUGGCACCAGAUGCGGUAAAAAUUGGACAACGUGAAGCAGCAAGAAUACGUUCAUGUGCUGGAAGACAAUUUCCAUUAAAAAGUAUAUUGCGAACGUCAUCCUAUAAAUCACCUACUUCAUUACAAUUUGAUAUGAAGCCGCUGAUAAUGCGAGUAGCAAGUGAUACCAAAGAACCGAGUCGUUUGAUGCAUGUGAAAAAAAAAGAGCCUAGUCGCGGAUUCCUGAACCUUUUAUUCGGAAAACGAAGCAGUGCUGGAAAUAAACGACGAGAUUUCCAAUAA